GCGGUAAGUGUAUUAUAUAAAAAGGGACAUCAAGUUAAAAGUGUUUAACCUCAACGUCACUGAACAAUUGUUUCUGCGUGCAAGUGAAGACAUAUCGUAACACUAGAAUGGUGGACUUGGUGAACAGAGAUCCCAACCAGAUAAACACCCAUCUGCAGUGCCAGUUUGAGGAUGUCUUGGCGGAGCCCGAUGGAACGCACAGCAUCGACUGUGUCUGGAAACUGUCGUACCUCUGUUUCAAUUGUUGGAAGGGCCUCUGCUACAAUCUCUUGACCCUGCUAUGUGGCAUCUGCAUCGCCUCCGAGUACGGCAUCUCGUUCGCUUACAUCUCGUUCCUGCAUAUCUGGUUCUACACCCCGUGCUUCAAGGUCCUGGACAUCAACUGCGGCUGUUUGAAGAAGAUGUAUUCGAUGUGCGUAUCCUGCUGCCUCGAUCCCCUCUGCCAGUCGUGUGGACUCAUCUUCAGUGCAUUCAAAAAAUAACGCAUACGAUUUUUAUUCAUCGAACUAAUUGGAAGAAAUCGUGCCGUUAGAGACAAUCAUAUGUAAUCGUAUGCUAUAAUAUAGGAUAUGCAUGGAAUAAAUAAACAUCGUCGAUAUGAAAAAUCGGAAAUUGUUCUACAGUGAUAAAAAAAAAACUUUGUAUCGCUAUUGUUGCAUGAAAUGAGGAUGUGAAUGUUUGAUUAAAUAAUGCCCGCGAAGCCCGUCCAAACUGUGUAACUACAAAAUGGGUAAUAUUUUCCUUUUUACUUGGUUUUCUAGUUUUAAAUGUAGACGGUAUGCUGUAAUUGCUAAAUAACACAUAAUUGCCUCAA